UUCCGAAAAGUUUGACCUGGCUUUGAAGAUGUCGGCCUCUGUUAAACACAAGCAGGACGAUACAGCGUUACUGGUGCUCGCUGCACUUAGUUUGGCUCUUCUCACUAUGCUCAGCGUGUGGAAGUUGAAACAGUUCAAAUACAGACUCAUAAAUGAAGCUGGAGCUGCAAUGCUUUAUGGUAUCCUUCUGGGUUUAACUGUGAAAUGGUUGUGGUUUGGCCAAAGCGAGCAUAUGGAGAACGUAGAGAACAUGUGCACCUGUCGCGGUCUGAACAACACGCCUCACAUCCUGAUGGUCAACACAACAUCACAUGGGCACUGCUACAGACAUGUUGGAAAAUCCAACCAAAGAUGCCCACUGAUCUCAGCCCCUCAUGCGGAGACCUUUGAUCCGGAGGUCCUUUUCAAUCUGUUCCUGCCACCCAUCAUAUUCCAUGGAGCUUACACCCUUAAUCAGAAACGAUUCAUUGAGAACCUGGGAUCUGUUCUAACCUACGCUUUUUUGGGUACCAUAAUCAGCUGCAUGUGCAUAGGGGCUUGCAUGUACGGCUUCACCAGACUGAUUGGCCAAGCAGCAGAUGGAGAAUUCUUCCUCACCGACUACCUCCUGUUUGGGGCCAUUAUGUCAGCCACUGACCCAGUCUCAGUCCUUGGCCUGCUGUCAGAGCUGCGCGUGGACUUGGAUCUGCACACCCUGCUGUUUGGCGAGAGCGUCCUGAAUGAUGCCGUGGCCAUCGUCCUGACACACGCCAUCACCACCUACAACCAGGCAGGUGCCGGACACGUCUUCGACCCUGCUGCCUUUUUCCUCUCUGCUGGGCUUUUUCUUGGAGUUCUUGUUGGCUCCAUCUUCAUAGGUUUCAUAUUCACAGUAAUAACAGCCCUCCUCACUAAAUUCACUCGACUGCAUGAGAAUCCCCUGCUGGAGACAUCAGUCUUCUUCCUGCUCUCCUGGAGCAGCUUCCUCUCAGCCGAAGCCGCUGGACUUUCAGGUAUCGUGGCAGUGUUGUUUUGCGGCUUAAGCCAGGCAAGAUACACAGUUCUCAAUUUAUCCCCUGAGGGCAAGACAAGGACCAAACAGCUCUUUGAAGUCUUCAACUUCCUGGGGGAGAUUUUCAUCUUCGGCUACAUGGGAUAUGUAUUGUUGGCGUCUCCUCACCAUGUCUUCAAUGCUGUCUUCAUUUCUGGGGCAUUUCUAUCCAUCUUUAUUUCAAGAGCGUGCAACAUCUACCCUUUGUCUUUCCUGCUAAACCUGGGCCGUACCAACAAGAUUCCCUGCACCUUCCAGCACUUCAUGAUGCUUGCAGGUUUGAGGGGAGCUGUAGCUUUUAGCCUGGCUGCAAGAGACACAUCCACAAAAGUGAGACGCACCAUCCUCAGCACCACUCUGCUGCUGGUCGGCUUCACCAUCUGGGUGCUGGGUUCGGUUUCUGAUCCCGUGCUGCGGCGUCUGGACAUCAGAGUGGGGGUGGAUGCUGAUGAAAAUCCACAGGACCCUUCUUUUGAGGUUGCUACAGGGAGGCCAGACACAACACGAGGCCUGUGGCACCGGCUGGACUACAAAUAUCUAAAGCCACUGUUGACACACUGCGGCCCCCCGCUGACCGACUCGCUGCCACAGUGCUGUGGUGUGUUUGCCAGAGUCUUCAGUAGCCCCCGUGUGCAGGAGCUUGGCGUUCAGGAGCAGCUGGUUGAGAUUGAACCAGAAGAUUCAAACUUGGAUUCGAUAAAAGCAGAGAACCACCUCGCAUCCACAGGAGGCGACUCUGGAUCCGAGCACCAGGAGGACCUGGUGGAGGGAGACCUGGGCCUUGGCACCGCUCCAGCUCACAUCAGGGAAGCCUGAAGCUCCAGGAACCACCUCUAGCCCCGUCUUAUCAGCCCUUGUUGCCCCGAUGCUAAGGCUCGGCCUCCCACGGUGAAUCGGGUCACUGGUCAGGGCAUCUGAAAGCAACCAGCUGGGAGUCAGACUUAGUGUGGCUCCCCAAAGGUCACGCACCCCCCAUGUGCUGACAUGCAUACAAAGACACACUCACACAGGAAGAGAAAACAAUUACAAAGGCCGGUGCUGUUUCUGUUGCUCUGCUGAUGCUUUUCUUGGCUUGAUUUGCUUCCGUUUCAAGGAAUUUAAUAGCUUAAAUUUUAAGCACCUGUCCUACUCAUGUGUGCAAAGUACACAUUUCACCCAAAAACCAGAACUGUAAUGGAACAGCUCUAAUUAAAAUGCAAUAUGCUAAG